AACUUCAAAACUAUGAGAAUCUUUGGUUCGAACCCUGAAAGCGUCGGUUCAAAUUAUCGUUGUAAGUGGAUGAAACAUGAACGCCGCAGACCAUCCCAGGCAGCCGUCUCUAGCGUGUCACCCCAAGCUCCUCUUGUCCUGGCCCGUCCUUACCUGGUGAAAUGUUUUGGUGGCGGCUGCGUGGGGCCGCGGGGAGCCUGGCGCUGUGCGUGCUGGUCCUGGGGGCGUGGGCCAGAGCAGACCUCGAUGACUCGUCAGAAGACCUCCCAGCCCAGAAUGGCCCAUCAGCAGAAAAAGUGGAGGGCCAGGAACACGCGGCAAAGACGUCAAACCGCGGUAAAAUUAUCAAUAUUGACACCGAGGAGGAACUUUACUACAUGAUGGGGAAGGACAUGCCCGAUGGUGCUGCCAGUGAAUUCGAAUCCAGGAGGGCCAAGGGUAGUGACGACUCGGCUGCCAGUGCCACAGCAGACUCCUCUGUGCCGGGCGGGGACUCUGUGGAAGAGGAGCAAGCUACUGGAGAUGGUAACAUGGUGGCUGACCUGUCUGUAGAUGCCAUGGGUAAUGAAAAUCCUGCACCUACUCUCAUGAUGGAAGAUAUCUCGGAAAUAAGUAUUACCAUGGAAGAAAUUCCCAGCGAUACCGCAGGUGUUUUGCCAGAGUCUGAUGAUGUGGAUGACACUCCCACAGAUCCAGUGUACAUUGCAUCCCUCCCCACCUACACUGACGUUGAGGACGUCAACUCCUAUGAUGUAGAUGAACACGAGAUUCCUACGGUUUCCCCUGGGAAAGAAAACGUUACCGCUGAAGAUGUGCGCGAGCGUGGCUCAAUUCCUGAAAGUGACUAUCUCGGCAGUCCUGAAGGUGAUGGUGACAGUCUCAGCGUGGAAGAAAUGUACUCCCUGCCUGGCAGCCUCGAUGUGGAUGAGGAGCUGUCCAAGAUGAACAUUAAGAAAGGGGAUCUAUUGUCCAGCAUGAACACUGAUAAGCUAAACGGCUUGUUGAGGUUCUGGAUGAACUGGCUGAAGAGGGAGCUCGAGGCGAUGUACCGGAGUGAACUGAAGCGAUCGGACAUGCUGUGGGACAACAUCACUGGCGCCGGUGUGGAGGAGCAGGGCUAUGGCGGCACCCCAAGGUCUGUUGCAGCGUUGUAUGGGGGGCGGCCGGUGUAUGGGCAGAAGCCAGGGCCUUUCCAGGAGCAGGGCCCCGUGACUCCUCAAGCUUCUCAGGAGUUUUGGCAGCCGUACAUAUUUGACACUGGCGUUGGGAAUAGGAAAGACAUAAAGAUUGAAGGUGUGGCUGUUCAAGGCAGCCUGCAAGGUGCAAAUGUUGCCGAGAUCAUUCAUGUCAACCUGCCUGCAAUGUCUGUACUGUAUGUGAGCCAUGAUGGAUUUGGCUACAUGGAAGUGAAUGGGAAACUGGAGCGUCUUGUUGUCCUCAACAAGUGGACACUAAGCUCCUCAGGCUGCCAGUGUGGGGCUGGUGUUGCCUCUCAGGAGUGUGCUUGCUGUGCCCCAGGUGGCUGUCUGUGUCAGGGAACUCCCAACACAUGUGUUGCUUGUGGCACAGAGUAUUCCUCCUGCCAAGGUGCUGGUCUGUCAGGAGUGUAUGUGUCUGUGGCGGCUGGAUCAGUGAUCUCCUCUCAGGACGGCUCUCUCCACCUCAGUGUGUUGGCUGUGGCUCAGGGCAGCUCCAUCAAUUUCUUCAGUCACAGUUCGUCUGGUGCCAGUCUCCAAUGGCUUGGCAGCAUGACCCUGCAGCAGGAGGUGACCCACCUUGCCUUCGGCACCACCUUCACAGACCAUGACGAGGCCACUGUGGAGAACACCUUCCUGGUAAUAUUCAGCAGUGGUGCCACAGACCAGCAGUUCAAUGAGAUCAUUGUCAGCUCCAUGGCACCAACCUUCACAGUGGGACCACCAGUCAAAUGGCAGGCCAAGGGACAGGCCAUGAGGGCUCACCAGGGGGAUGGCUAUGUGUUUGUCUCUGUGCAUGGCCACAACUCCAUUGAUAUAUUCACUCUCCAGGAGGAUAUGUGGAUGACACACCACAUGAUCCCCAAGCACACCUUCAAGGGUGCCUUCCACUCCUGGUUGGUGUUCCACAUCAACUUUGAGAUGUACGUGGCCCUGGCAGCACGGCGCCACAUUGUGUUUUACCGCUGGAACAGGAUGGAGGCAGAGUUUGAGCAGUUCAACACCAUCUAUAUGGGUGAUGCCAUGUCCAGCAUUGAGGGUCUGGUGGCUGUCAAUGUUGAGUCUUGCCAAGAAGAGGUGUCGGUAGUGGUGGCGGGCCACGGCAAACAUGUGGCAGUAAUCGCCCUGCAGUACAACUUUACCACAUCCACCCAUGCCUUCGUUAUGGAGUUCACAGGCAGCCUGCAAGCAACACUAGACUGGUCUGUUGCCACUCAUCACUUGACUGGGACUUCUACGCUCGUUACACUGGAGGCUGGCAGGCGUCAGGUUGUGCUGGUGAGGGUGGAGGCCACGGCCACUGAUCUGGAGCACCCAAUGGGCAGCCAGCGAGAUGUGCAGGAAGGUGCUAUGGACUACAUAAAGAAUGAACAUGCACGUCAGCAAGCCAUCAUUGCAGCACUGGAGUCCCGACUGGCCAAGAGUGUUCUGUUCAGCAACACCAUCUCUGCCGAUGUCACUGUCACUGGCGGCAUCACCAUCUCUGGGGCAUUGAGCACAGGGCGACUGUCAGCUGUGCGACUUGUCUUCCCCAACACCGAGCUCCAGCACGGUGUGACUCACCUUCAGUAUCUGCAGCACAUCAACACAGCCCGGCCUGGUUUAGACCUCUCCCAAAGCCUUCUACAGGACAUCCAGGCUAUAGAGAAUACACUCCUUUUUGCUGUGCCAGUGUCUGGCCCCAACAGAACCAUUGAGGGGUCCAAGACUGUAGUUGUCAACAGGCUCCUCUCCAUAACUUCUCUGGAUGUUCAGCACCUGAGUGUGACUCGGGUGCUUGAUCUGAAUGGUGACCCCUUCCCUCUGAAUGAAACAUUGGCCAUGAUUGUGACAGAGGACCAGACAGACCGCAUUGUUCGUGGCAGGAAGACCUUUUCAUCACGGCUUUCUGUGCAGCAUCUCCACACUCCCUUCCUAGAUGACAUCCCCACCAGUGAUCUGGUAACACUGAGUGGCCGCCACAGUAUUGCUGGGGCAGUGUUUGCCAGGGGUCUGUGGGCUCAGGAGGUGGAGGUGAGGGCAGGUGGCACAUUAGGUGGAGUGGACCUGUCUCGGAUGGUGUUGCUAGGCCAGGCGGCAGUGUUGGGCAAGGUGACCUUUGCAUCCCAUGAAUUUGUGGCAAGGUCGGUGCAUGUGGUGUCUGGUGUGGUGGGUGGCGUGGACCUGGGAAGACUGUACAACCACUCCCUGCUGGUGACAGGCGGACAGUUUGCCGGCUCCCUCCUUUUCACCUCCGACCUCUCUGUUCAUGACCUUGUUGCUGGCGUGAUGAUGGGCGUCGAUGUGGCACGGCUGGCGGAGAGCACGGUGUUCAGGGACGAGGAUGCUGUGCUGACGGGGAAGCUGCACUUUACACAGAUGGUGACUGUGGAGGGACACAUGACCACCAACAGUAUCAAUGGCAGGCAGUUCCCUGGUGACUAUGCUGUGAAAACUGGCUCCUCUCCCAUUGUCUUCUCCAAUGAUGUAUCCUUCAGGCAUGUGGCAUUUGGGGAGGUAUCAUUUGGGCCCCAGGGUGUUGUGGAUGGCAUCGCACCCCACCGACUCGUGACCAGGACCACAGAUCAGACGGUGACUGGAACGAAGGUGUUCAGUGCUGGUAUAGACAUCAGAGGACACCUGGACAUCACCACAAAGAUCCUAGAUAAUGUGAACCUCGAUGAUCUGUUCUCAGGAAACCGCGGACAAUCCUCCCUGCCAGCUGACAUGAGGUUUGAUCUGGUGUUCAAGGGAGAUGUGCAGAUGCAGAGGAUCUUCACUCGGGGCACUGUAAAUGGGGUGGAUCUGUCUGCCCUAGCCAAUGAUCUGGUGUAUAGGGAUGAGGAGCAGGUGAGGAUAACUGGCAGGAAGGUGUUCCUGAAAGGGCUGACGCUCACUAAUGCUAGGUUCCAAGGAGGUUUCAAUGGCAUGGACCUGAACUCCCUGGUUACCACAGACUCUGAGGUGGUUAUCAACGGAGUGUUCACGUUUGCAAGUGACGUGUUCUUCAGAAGUCUGGUUGUGAGACACGUGAAUGGCAUAGACCUGAAUGCCCUCAUCAAUAGUGCUCUCCACCUGAACAAAGCAGGCCAGGUGGUGCGAGGGCGGAAAGUGUUCCUGAAGAAGGUGGUGGUUGACUCUCUGGUCAUUGAGGGAACCAUCCGGGGUGUGGAUUUCAGUAAAUUCGUCACAAAGAGUGGCAACCAGACCUUCACUGCGCCGCAGGUGUUCAAUACAGCUAACUUUGCCUUCCUGCGUGCCCAUAACAUCCACAUGUCCCAGGGGCUCAAGAUCAAUGGCGUGGACCUAUCGGAACUGGCUCGCAGAAGGGUGGCACUCAGGGAGCCAGUGAGCCACAUGGCCACCCUCAGAAUUGAGGGUCCACUGGAGCUUGGCAGCAGUGCAUCAAUAGGCAUCCUGAAUGGUGCCAACCUGGAGGAAUUGCUAAACACCAUAGUGACUGACGAGGGCGACCAUAUCAUAGAUGGGCAGGUGUCCUUGUCCUCAUUGAGGGUCCUGGGGUCUGUCACAACACAAGGCAGUGUGGGAGGCAGUGGCAUCAGCCUCAGGAGUGUGGCCCAGAAUGGCAUCAAACUAUCUGCCAACAAUCAAAUCACAGGCCAGCUGAGCUUCUCCCAAGUGGAGGUGCGUGGGGACGUUGCGGUGGGCGGCCUGGUGCAGGGCGUCAACCUGCAGCGCCUCCACCAGGAUGCUGUCUACACAGACGUGCAGACACUGCAGACCAUCACAGGGCCAAAGAUGUUUAACGCUGGCUUCACGGUGCGCGGCAGCAUACAUGCCGGGACAGUCGGUGGCGUGGAUUUGGCCCAGCGGCUCCUGACCCGCACCACAGACCAGGUUAUCACUGGCGCAGUCACCUUCCGUAGAGUGGCCGCCCUCAAAAAUAUUUUCCUUCACGGCAGAUUCAACAACUUUGAUGUGAAGGCACUGGCACAGGAGACCAUGAUGAGGGGCAGGAAUGAGGAGAUUGUGACAGAGGACAUCACCUUCACUGGUAGAGUCACAGUGAGGAACCUUGUGCUGCAUGGUGUGCUGCAGGGACCUCAGGGUUCUGUGGAUGUGGUUGCUCGGCUGGCUGAUGCAGUGCGGCUGCAGGACACCGCCAUCACCAUCACCAGCAAGAAGGUCUUCACCGCUGGCCUCUCCUUCGCAAACCUGCACGUUGAGAUCCUGGACGGCCGCAAGCUGGACCAUUUCCUGGCCUUGGUGGUGACCCGCAACAGGCCACACACCCUGACUGGCGCCGUGAGAGUGGGCGGCACCAUCACAGCACCUUGGGUCACUGCCCAGCAGCUCGCAGUGCAGGGCACCAUUGAUGGGGUGGACCUCCAGGCACUGAGACAGGCGGCGGUGUUCCUCUCUGGCCACCAGGCUGUGGAUGCUUCCUUGGUGUUCCGAGAGUCUGUGCUGGUGCGCGGCAACCUGCGAACUGUGUUCCUGAAUGACCUUGUCUUGUCGGAGGGUUACCUCACUACCUCCACCCACCAAACCUUCAACUUCAAUGUGACCCUUUCCUCGGCCCUUGCCAGCCACGUUGAAGUGCGAGGGCUUGUAAACUCCUGGAACCUCCCUCGGGAAUGGAACAGAACUUUGCUGGCUCUUGGUGGACAGAGCAUGCCAGGAUCCCUCACUUUGUCAGGUCAUGUGGUGGUGAAAGGUGACCUUAUUGUGACUGGCAGGGUGGGAAGGGGACAAAUGGUGAAAUUGAGUCGGCAAGUUGUGUUGCUUGAUCGCAGGACUCAAGUAUCUGGUUCCCUGAGCUUCACCAUCCCCCUGACAGUGGCCUGGCUGAAGAGCAGUACCAGUGUAGUCAAUGGUGUGGACCUGACACAGAUGUAUAGGAAUGCCUGGUUUGUGGACACCACUACACAACUCUCUACUAGUGUGACAUUCUUUGGAAGGGUUUUGGUGAAGCGUGCAUUCUUCACCCAAAGCACCAUCGAUGGCCUGGAUGUUCUCGGGGCAUACAACAUUGCCAAGGCUGCUCGGGACGGCCUCACGAACAUCACUGUGGAGUUCGAAUCUGAGUUUGAGAGGAUCUGCCACCCAAUUGCCAGGCUGUACAACAAGCUUGAAUCUUGCAUGUUUGAGCCAGACCACCUCGCUGUGCAUGGCAGCCUGCCACUCUCUGCUGUGCCCCUCGAGUCAAUCUCCUUCUUUGCAUUUGGCACCACAGCACUCCUGGUGAGUUAUGAGGAUGCUUGCCACCUGGACUUCUUGACCUGGCAGGGUGGUAACUUUGUCCUGCGCCACAGACUUCAGAAUGUGGGCCUGGGACGGCACUUCCACAUGUUGCAACAUGAUGAACGCAGAGUGUUGGUUGCCAUGGCUGCAUCUCCCUUCAACACCACCUGUUCACAAACUAACAGCACAAUCUUCCAAGUGACUGUGUCUGGCAUUGAGGUGUACCAGGUGCUUGGCGAGAGCAUGUAUAUUACUGAGGAUGGCCAUGCUGGCUCUUCAAUGUUGCUUCACGGGCUGCAUCACACGCUGGCCUACACCGUGGACAUCAACACCCGCCGCUGGAGCCUUGUAGCCACACUGCCUGCCCACGCUGGAGGUGUGCUGGUGCAUCCUGUCUACGGCGUGAUCCACCUGCUACGUGACUACACCAAUGCCACCACCUACGUGCAGCGUGCCAUUCCUGCCGUCAGUAGGGGCGGCAUCCGGCUGGUGUUCGCCCUCUUCUCCACCAUCACCUCCUGCCAGGGCCCGGCACACUACCUCAAGGUGUUCAGGGAGGUGGAUGGCACCCACCACUGUGUUGCUGAGGCGCCGCUUCCAACACUUCCUGCUGACCUGACAGUGUUCUUUGCUGGCAGCAAGGCGGCCGGCUCUCACCUGGCUGUGGUCACCAUGCACUAUAACCAGUUCCCCAUUAUAUUCUCCUUUGCAGGGGAGGUGUUGUCCCGCUGGGGUGAGGUUGAGGUGGCCACUACAGCCACCUGGGUGGAGCACGCCCUGGUGAGGCGUCCUGGCCGACACUUCCCUGACUACUACAUCCUCUUGAGUCCCCUCCAGCACAUCCCAGAACCCACGACCACCACCACCAACACCAUCGUCUUCCCUACCGACCCCUACUCCUCCACUAAUGGUUCCUAUGACCCCUACUCCACCACUUCUGGCCCCUAUGACCCUUACUCUUCCAGCUUUGACCCUUACAAUCCCUUCUCUUCCACUUCUGGCCCAUACAAGCACUACUCCACCUCUGGCCCCUAUGACCCCUACUCUUCCACUUCAGACUUUUACAAUCCGUACUCCUCCACUUCUGGCCCCUAUGACCCCUAUGAUCCCUAUUCCUCCACUUCUGGCCCCUAUGACCCCUAUUCCUCCACUUCUGGCCCCUAUGACCCCUAUUCCUCCACUUCUGGCCCCUAUGACCCCUAUUCCUCCACUUCUGGCCCCUAUGACCCCUAUUCCUCCACUUCUGGCCCCUAUGACCCCUAUUCCUCCACUUCUGGCCCCUAUGACCCCUAUUCCUCCACUUCUGGCCCUUACGAUCCCUAUUCCUCCACUUCUGGCCCUUACGAUCCCUACUCCUCCACUUCUGGCCCUUACGAUCCCUACUCCUCCACUUCUGGCCCUUACGAUCCCUACUCCUCCACUUCUGGCCCUUACGAUCCCUACUCCUCCACUUCCGGCCCUUACGAUCCCUACUCCUCCACUUCCGGCCCUUACGAUCCCUACUCCUCCACUUCCGGCCCUUACGAUCCCUACUCCUCCACUUCCGGCCCCUACGAUCCCUACUCCUCCACUUCCGGCCCCUACGAUCCUUACUCCUCCACAUCCGGCCCCUACGAUCCUUACUCCUCCACAUCCGGCCCCUACGAUCCUUACUCCUCCACUUCCGACCCUUACAAACCUUACUCCUCCACAUCCGACCCUUACAAACCUUACUCCUCCACUUCCGACCCUUACAAACCUUACUCCUCCACUUCCGACCCUUACAAACCUUACUCCUCCACUUCCGACCCUUACAAACCUUACUCCGACCCUUACAAACCUUACUCCUCCACUUCCGACCCUUACAAACCUUACUCCUCCACAUCCGACCCUUACAAACCUUACUCCUCCACUUCCGACCCUUACAAACCUUACUCCUCCACUUCCGACCCUUACAAACCUUACUCCUCCACUUCCGACCCUACAAACCUUACUCCUCCACUUCCGACCCUUACAAACCUUACUCCUCCACUUCCGACCCUUACAAACCUUACUCCUCCACUUCCGACCCUUACAAACCUUACUCCUCCACUUCCGACCCUUACAAUCCCUUCACCACCCGUUUCACCACUCCAAAUUACAAUCCCUACACUACUGCCAAUCCGUACACCACUGCCAAUCCCUACAGCACCACGUCUGGUCUUUACAACCCAUACAAACCUUCCUCCACCCCUAAUCCCUAUGAACUCUUCGCUCCCACUGCCCAUCGCUUCAGUCGUUCCAUCUUCGCAGACACCACCGCUGCUGACGUGUCUGUUAUCUAUCGCCUGGUCAUGAGGGGCUCUGCUGUGGAGGCGGCCAAUAUCACGUGCACCAGUACCAAGACCAUGUAUUAAUUGUUGUUCGUGAAAUAUACUGCCUGUGUUA